UUGAAGAAUGUGACGUCAAUUUCAAGAUGGCGGCGCCCCACUCCACGAUGAAAUUCUGGAAACCCGGAGCUGAUGCUCCGGGUGUUUCGGAGGAGCGGGAGCUAACGACAGAGACCGCUGGCUCCCCAGUUAUUUACAACCCUCACACUGCGCUGUCCAUUGAGAAGCAGCGACAGAAACUUCCAGUUUUUAAGCACAGAAACAAUAUUCUCUAUCUUGUGGAGAACUAUCAGACAGUGAUAAUUGUCGGAGAGACAGGAUGUGGGAAAAGCACACAAAUACCUCAGUACCUCUUAGAGGCAGGUUGGGCCGCAGAGGGAAAGGUCAUAGGAGUGACUCAGCCUCGAAGAGUGGCAGCUACAUCAGUGGCCAACCGUGUGGCAGAGGAACGCGGGGCACUGCUCGGACACGAGGUUGGCUACACCAUCAGGUUUGAUGACUGCUCUGACCCCCAUGCCACCAGAAUAAAGUUUCUCACAGAUGGGAUGUUGGUGAGGGAGAUGAUGGCAGAUCCUCUGUUGAAGAAAUACAGUGUCCUCAUGUUGGAUGAGGCUCACGAAAGGACUCUGUACACAGACAUCGCCAUCGGACUCUUGAAAAAGAUCCAGAAGAAGAGGAGGGACUUGCGACUGAUUGUCGCAUCUGCUACCCUGGAUGCCAAGAAAUUUCAGGAGUUCUUCAAUCUGAAUGAGUCUGGAGACCCCAACAAGGAUACCUGUGGCAUUCUUACAGUCGAGGGUCGAACCUUCCCUGUGGAUGUCUUUUAUACUGUCAGUCCUGUCCCUGAUUAUGUGAAGGCCACAGUGGAGACUGUGCUGAAGAUUCAUGAGACUGAGGAAGAUGGAGAUGUGCUGGCAUUUCUCACCGGACAGGAGGAAGUGGAGAAGGUGGUGUCCAUGCUGCAGGAGCAGGCGCGGACACUCUCUCGCUAUGGCAUGAAGAAGCACCUGCGGGUGCUGCCUAUGUAUGCUGGGCUCCCAUACGUGGAGCAGAUGAAAGUCUUUGAAAGGAUGCCCCCUUCAGUGCGGAAGGUGGUGGUGGCAACUAACAUCGCUGAGACCUCCAUCACCAUCAAUGGGAUUGUGUUUGUCAUUGAUUGUGCAUUUGUCAAGCUGAGAGCUUACAAUCCUCAUACAGCUAUCGAGUCGCUCGUGGUGACUCCCAUCUCCAAAGCCUCGGCUGCCCAAAGGGCUGGUCGGGGUGGACGAAACCGCCCAGGGAAAUGCUUCCGGCUUUACACCGAGGAGGACUACGAGAAGCUGCCCCCAUCCACAGUGCCCGAGAUGCAGCGCACAAACCUGGCGCCGGUCAUCCUGCAGCUGAAGGCUCUGGGCAUAGACAACGUGCUGCGCUUCAGCUUCCUAUCGCCCCCUCCUGCCCAGUCCAUGGUCCAGGCCCUAGAGCUCCUCUAUGCACUCGGGGGUUUGGACCAGUAUGGCCGUCUGACGGACCCUAUGGGCGUACGCAUGGCCGAGUUCCCCUUGAGCCCCAUGUUUGCCAAGAUGCUGCUUGAGUCGGGCAACUUCGGCUGCUCCAAGGAGAUUGUUACCAUAGCAGCCAUGAUGCAGAUCCAAAACAUCUUUGUGGUGCAUCCCAAUCAGAAGAAAGCAGCAGCCAGGGAACACAGGAAGUUUGCUGUAGCUGAAGGUGACCAUCUCACUAUGCUCAACGUUUAUGAAGCCUUCAUCAAGCACCAGAAGAGUUCCCAGUGGUGCCAGGAUCGCUUCCUUAACUACAAGGGCCUGAUGCGGGCUGUGACCGUCCGGGAGCAGCUCAGGCGACUCAUGAACAAGUUCAAGGUGCCACGAACCUCCAGUGAAGGUGACCCGGAUGUGAUCCUCAGGUGCAUUGUUUCAGGAUUCUUUGCCAACGCUGCCCGCUUGCACCAUUCUGGAUCCUACAGGACCCUGCGGGAUGACCGGGAGCUGCACAUCCACCCCAACUCUGUCCUCUUUGGGGAGAAGCCCCCCAAAUGGGUUGUGUUUAAUGAGGUGGUGCAGACCUCCAAGUACUACAUGCGGGACGUGACUGCCGUGGAGUCUGCUUGGCUGGUGGAGCUGGCCCCUCAUUUCUACAAGCAGGCCAAGCACGGUUCACUGGGAAGCAAGAGAGCUAAGGUCUUCUGAGCAGACUGGCCAUCCCUGCUGCCCCCACACACACACCACAUCAGAAACUGAACCCUUAGCAAUGGGGAUUUGUAUGGAGUGAGUAUAGCCUAAAUAAAAUGCUUAAAGUAAACUCUACUUAGUCCAUUUUAGCUCUACUUAGUCUAUUUUGGGGGAGCAGGGUGGCUUGGGAAUUGAGGUGGCCACAUUUCCCAGUGUAGUUUUCUAUUUUGGCCAGAAGAUGUCAGUGUUGACAUUGCUAUGGAGGGAUAAAUGUUUCACAUUUAUUUUAUCGUUUCACACACCAGGUGGAAUUGGCAUUGUCUUUGUUAAUAGGCAUUGGGAAACACUUGAGAUUUUCAGUUCACAGGCUUGCCAAGUAGAGGAAUUUUCACUUGGGAGUUGAGUAGAAGGUGUUCUAGUUAUUUUGGGAUUAUAUUCACUGUUGAUUUAGUCAUGGUUACAGUAAUUUGCUUGUAAAUGCAAUGGACAGUAAUGAACUGUGGACACCUAAACAUUUAGGAUACAUUAAAUACAAAUAUAUUUCUA